AUGUACACCAAUCCUCCUACAGGUAGUUCGUACGCGGCAUAUACUUCCCAUGGCACCCGCGGGUACGGACAUCAGCAGAACGCGGGAGAUGCUGCUGGCGCCAUUUGGACUCCCGAGCAGUGUUUGGCUGCGUACCAGACGAGUAACGACCAGUACUGGGUCGACCACGGCCUGACGAUGAAUCAUUCUGGCUUACCCUCCUACCCUUCUCAGUCAAGCACACCCUCAGCUAGUCAAACCCGCAGGGCCACGUCUGGAGACCAUGGUAGUCUUCCGACAGGGGGCUGGUCUCAGCCGUUCCGGAUCCUCCCUCAAGAAGACUACAUGGCCAGGCGUCGGUACCAACGACAGGCUCCGAUCCUCUUCAGGGCGAGCCCUGCAGUAGGCUACGUCCGCCUGUCUGACUUCUACAACCCGCCCGUGCAUGGUAAUCCGCCACCCUUGGAAGGCGAAGACGACACAGUCUUCUCGGGGGAUAACCUCAGUCAAAAGCAGUCGAUCCGCCUAGAGAUUCAAGGAUGCAAGUCCUACGAGAGACAGAUCAAUGUACGCAAUCCGGCUAACAAUGCGCGCUCCAUCACCAGGAGGAAGUUGGCCGAGAAGAUCGCCAAGGAGAUCUAUGACUUCAUGAGACGUCACCAGCAAACUACGUUUGGUGACCCUUCCCUAGGACUAGGCCCAGGUGCAGAUGGUUUCAACAAGAUCGUCUUGAUAGAACUGCGGCACGUCUCGCGAUCGAGCUGGCAGCCCAUUCUUGGUGUCCUCCCUUGA